GGCAAAUGGGUCAUGGAACGGAAGACAAAAGGUCACAGUCUUGGUGAAAGGGCAAAUGGGUCUGAGGAAUGUGGACGGUUCACGGGGUGGCUCGACCGCUGUGACGGCGAUACUUGUGGACGGGAAGAAACUGGUGGUAGCGAACGUGGGCGAUUCCCGGGCAAUCCUGUGCAAGAAAGGGCAAGUGAAGCAAUAACCUGUAACCAUCGAUCACGAACACGAAAAGGAGAGAGAUAAGGCCGAGAGCAAAGGCGGGUUCGUCUCCACAAACCCGGGGAAUGUUCCAGAGUGUUGGUGGGCAGUUAGCAAUAUGGCGAGGGCGUUUGGAGAUGGAAGCUUGAAAGAACACACGAGUGUGAAACCAGACAUAGCCAUGGAAGAAGUGGACGAUGAAUCUGAAUUCUUGAUCUUGGCGAGCGAUGGUCUUUGGAAGGUGAUGACGAACGAAGAAGCCUCUGGACGGAUCAGAGGAAUCGAGAAUGAUGCAGGAGAAGCUCGUUGAAGAAUCUUUA